AUGGUCAUUUUCAGAAAUAUGAGCAUUCUCACGAAAACCUCCCUCUCCCUUUGCGCAAUUUGUGCCAGCACGAUCGCCCUUUUUGAGUAUUCCCAUGAUUACAUUACGAAUUUGCUCGUUCGCUCUACAAGAACAUCUCUGAGGGAGCCAGAGCUUCGUGAUGAUGUAUAUAUACUAAUGAGAAGGCUAUUGACAAGACUUCUAAAUGACUCAACUACAAGAGAAAAAGCUUCUGAGUUCUUCAAGGCGGCCUUGCACUCUGAGAAGCUUGAAAAUUCAACUCUGGAUGUGACAUUAAAGAAUAUGCAGACAAUUGAGUACCAAUCUGAAGCUUUAAAUCUGAUGGUAGCCAUCUCCGAUCAUGUAUUACGUGAUGAAACUUUGAAGAUGAAGACCAAAAACCUGUCCUCGACUUAUAAGGAAGCAGCAGCAUAUAUGCAAAAUGUGAAAAAAAUAAAAAUUGGUAGAAAAAGCCAGGAUAUAUUGAAAGCUGAUUUUGAGAUGCCUAAAGUCAACUUCAACGAGAUGGUUAAAGAAUAUUACCAGGAUUAUUAUGCAGAGCAAUUGAAAGAGCUGAUCAGAAAGCAAAUGAGUCAACAUAUUUUUAAUAUCCCAAAGCAUGACAUUCCAAGACCCAAAGAAGCAAAAACUGUUCCGAUGCUUGGUGCUGUUACUGGUUUCCAAGCAAUCACUAAUCAACUUGGUGUAGCGUUAUCAUUACCGAUUGAACCUGCUUUAGAAGCAAUUAAAUAUGAUAAGUAUGAAAUUCUAAGAAUUAAGCAGGAGGAAACAAAGAAUCUAGAAAUUGGGCAAACUUUUGAUAAGACUAAAGAAAUCCAAUUUGAUUUGCAGCCUGAAAUUUCUAUCCCUCAAAAAACUGAGCAACUGAAAUUUGAAGAAAGCAUUCCAGCAAUUCCGUUUUCAGCUGAAAAAGUAAUUCCUAUUGAUCAAGAUACAAAGAAAUUCGAAGAACAAUUUGUUGCUGAAGAAGAAGUAAAAAAUCAUGACUUUGAAGUGGAAAAGCUUAAAAAUGACGAAGUAAAUAUAGAUGAUUUUCUCGAAAAAACAAAGAAUCUGAUAAAAAGUGCAUCAUCUUUAGUCUUUGAAGCAGAAGCUCGCCCAGAAACUGAAGUGCUCAGUAAAGAAGUUUCGAUUCCUUUUAUAAAGAAAGAGUCCUUGAAAAUAAAGAAUUUGAAAAUUGAAGGUCUGAUUCAGAAGUUGAAGCUUGAGUCUUUAGACUGGGGCAAUGCCAAGGUUGAUGAAUCUUUUCAUGUUGAGCUUCAGAGUCCAGAAAAUGCUCAGGAUCAAGAGUCAUUUGUAAGAGAGCCUUUAAACAUUGAUUCCUUAAAACUUGAGAGUGUACAGAUCGAAGAGCCAUUUCACGUUGAUUUAUUAGGCCCUGAAAGAAAUGAGAGCCAAGAAAUAUCUGCUAAAAAUUCAAUGGAUCUCGAAUCAUUAAACUUAGAAAAAGCAAAUAUAGACGAAUCAUUCCAUAUAGAUUUAAUGAGUCCUGAAAGUAUUGGGGAAAAAGAAGUAUCAGCUGCCCCUUUAUCAGCUGAUGCAAAUAAUUUAGCUUUUGAAAGCUUGGAAAGUGCUCUCGAAUUUCACAAGAAAGAAAUUCUUCAGAAUUCAGAAGGCCACAUUCUAGAAGCUAUGAAAGAACUCACUGAUGAGAUUGAGAGUUUUGGAUCCCCUAUGAAAUUUGAAAGCAUUGAAAAAGAUUUACUAUUGGAACGCAUUGAAAGUCAACACAUAAAAUACUAA